AGUCUUGUUGAUGGGGUCAGCAGCCUAACAAGACUCGUUUGUUUUUUCAUUUUUACAGGUAAGUGUUUAUCUACACAUUUUUCUCUAUUUUAAGUAGUUUCCUGACAUAAGCCUACUCUUAUUUUCUUCAGAACAAUUUAAUCAACUCAACGCAUUUAUAAGUUUCUGAACUGUUUUUAGUGUUUGCCAGGUGGAAGGAAACUGAUCAACACCUCUGUCAGUUUUUCUUGGAAUGGUGCCAAAGUCAUUAGUCUUGCAGGACAAGGAGCUCUGUACAUUCUUAGUCACCACAACCUGCCAGAAAGUGAGGAACAUGAAUCGCCAAGUAAGGAGACUCUGCCUUUCCUCAGUUCUGCCAAUUCAUUGACCCAUCAAAUAAAUCUUGAAAAUGAUGUUCAGCAGCUAGAACAGAAUGUACUACAUCAUAGAACUCCAGUAGUCAGUGCUGAAAGUUUAUUUAAUAGCAUAGUCACGGAGCAUGAUGAUGUAAACAUUUUUGAAGAUGUUCCCCCACUGUCAACUGGCUCAGAGGUGACUACUAGAACAUUAGCUCACAGUGUAGACAGGAGCCCAGAAAGUGUAAUAGCAGAACUUUGCUCCUCAGUUCUUGCUGAUGGAGUUCAGAAUGUCAAGGUCAGACGGAACCAUGCUUUCCAAGAUUUGCUACGUUGGAUGAACCGAGCUGAUUAUGGUUGGGACAAACAUCUUAUUGUUUCUUUUGUUGGAGAACAAGGGCUUGAUUCUGGAGGACCUAGGCGCAAUCUAAUGGAACUGACUGUUCGUGGACUGAUCAACUGGGGAGGACUUUGGUGUGGGAAAGAAGGACACCUCAUUCCAGCUCCUGACUUUUUAACAUUGCAGAACAGAUCCCAUUGUAUGGCAGGGAGGAUUGUUGGCACUGUUCUCGUUCAGAGUUCUCUACAGCUCAAUAUUUUUGCAGAAUCUCUGAUCAACACCAUUGCAGGAAUCAACCAGUGGUUUGUAGAUGAUGUUGCUGAUGAAACUGUCCAAAGCAAGCUGAAAGAGAUAUUAGACUAUCGGGGAAGGAGGGACUGGACUGGCAAUCCAGUUGUGGAGAAAAUAGCAGAAAACAUCAGCUUUCUAGGGGAGGUCAAUGAUGCCCAAAAUAAAGACUUCACCCAAGCGGCUGCAAGAUAUUACACUUACGUAGUGAAUAGUGCUCAAAUUGAAGAAUUCAAAGAAGGGCUCGAAACAUUUGGAAUUACAACAUUGAUAAGAAAACAUCCAGAUGUGAUGAAGUUGCUUUUGUGUGGCCAGAAAAGAGCAACAAUACAGCCUGAUGAAGUAUAUGACAUGUUUGAGGCAGAGCUGUUAGAAGUGGGGUCAAAUCAAAGGGAUUUGGAGGAAGAGGCAAUGAUGCAUUUCAUGCUGUUUUUAAGCAGCUUGACAAACCUAAAUGCAGCAUGUUCCUUGGACGAUCUACUGAGGUUCCUAACUGGAGCAAAACAGUUUCCCAUUGGUGGAUAUGAGAUUCAGCCAACUAUAGAAUUCAUUAGAGGUUCACAAUUCCCAACUGUAAGCACCUGUGGUCUUGUUUUGAGGCUGCCAAUCGGCUUGACAGAAGAACAAUUCAAAACUCAUUUUGAAUUUGCUGUCCGAAGCUGCCAUGACUUUUCCUUUGUUUAGUGUUACCAGUGUGACUGUUGACAUUGAUGUCCAGGACAGAGAGGGCCAUAUCCACAAUCUGUUUUAAAAAGACUACACUUAAAUGUUUAAGUAUAGAACCAUGUACAUUGUCAUUCCCCAUGACUUUUAGGUCACUCAUUGAAGCAAUGUAUUUGAUAAAGAAACAAUGUGCAUACUUUAGAUCCAGGAUAAAUCCACUUCAAUUCUGAAUGUUGUGAAAACCAGACAGCUCAUAAAUGGCAAUUUGAUAAUUAGCAGGAUAAAUAUAACAAUUAAAGUACUGUUUGUUGUAAAUGAGUGGAUUGGAAAGGUAUGUUUAGUAGCCUGACAUCAGAUCAUUAAUCCAAUCUGGUUGUUUUUUUCUUUUGUCAAAAUAGUUUAUAAUAAAUUUAUCCAGAAAGGCGCAUCUGAAGAAGUUUAAAACAAUCAGAAUUGGCCAAUGCUGUUUCAGCGAUAAUAAAAUUGAGGUCUCUAAUCAAAAGAUGUGUAAAGUGUGGCUGCAUGUGUUUUCAGGGCGGGUAUGGGUACAAGGUUUUUUUCUUUAACCUUGUUCACAAUUGUUAUGUUAUUUGUUCAACUGUGGUGUUGUGGAUGUUAACCUUACCAAUGUAAAAAGUUGUCAGUGUUAAUGGGGGUGGGGCAAUUGUACCUUUGCUCUAAAAUGAUGCUGUUGGGUAAGAACUUAAGAUUUGACCUGUGCUGACUACUGUUACUACUUGGUUUUGUAAUAUUACUGUAGGUAGGGUAGACCAACAAUGGCAAUCUGUCUCCUGUAUCAACAGGAUAUAAUAUAUACAAUUGUGUUAGUAGAUUCUGACAUUUGCUGUAAAUGUUCAUCUUAACAAAUGACUGCUUAAGGUCAUUUAAUUGAA